AUGGUAGUGAACAUCUGUGGCUUCUACAUGCUCCUGGACCCCAAGAAUGCAAAGCCAGGGCAGAAGUCUGCCCUCUUGAGCCCCCUGAGCCAGUCCGACGGCUGUCUGACCCUUUCCUUCCACUACAUCCUGUGGGGCCCGUCUCUUGACACAGCCCUCCGCGUCUAUGCUUCAGUCUUAGGCAGCAUGCGGAAACACACACUCUUAUCAGCAGAACCCGGACCAAGCUGGAAGCCUGUUUCUGUCAAUUACACAGGACAGGGGCAGAUACAGUUCACUGUGGUGGGUGUGUUUGGAAAGAUCCCAGAGGCAACAGUGGCGGUGGAUGCCAUCAGCAUUGCUCCCUGUGGGGAGAACUUUCCUCAGUGUGACUUUGAAGACAUUGCCCAUCCGUUCUGUGACUGGACCCAUGAACACAGUGAUGGCGGACGCUGGACCUGGGGAAGUAACAAUAACCCUAUCCCCAUCCCAGACUCCUUUGGAGACUCCCCAUUUAGAGGGCAGCACUAUGUCUAUUUUGAGGCAGAGAAAUUCUCUCAGGCAGGACAGUCUGUCAGACUGGGAAGCCGGCCCUUCUGCGCCCCAGGGGACAUCUGUGUGGAGUUUGCUUAUUGCAUGUAUGGCCCGGGAGAUGGCGCCACACUCAAACUUCUGCUGGGCAGUCCUGCAGGAAGUUCCCCUAUUUCUCUGUGGGACCGUGUUGGCUCUCAGGGCUCUGACUGGCUGAACAACUCUGUCACCAUCCCUUCGGGAUAUCAACAGCCCAUGCAGUUGUUCUUUGAGGCCACCCGGGGUGCAAACAGCACCUUUGUUAUUGCCGUGGGUUUCAUCCUGAUUAGUCACGGGAUCUGUCGAGCACCUGUGCCAGAAAUGAUUCCUACUGGACCUGCCACUGUUCCCACAGAAAUACCUACUGUUCCCACUGAAGAGAGCACUGUCCCUACAGAAGCAACCACUGUCACUACUGAAGAGACCACUGUCCCUACUGACGUGCUUGCUGUCACCAUUGAAGCGACCACUGUCACCACCGAAGAGACCACUGUCACCACUAACGCGACCACUGUCCCCACUGAAGAGACCACUGUCCCCACUGAAGAGACCACUGUCACUACCGAAGAGACCACUGUCCCCACUGAAGUGCUCGCUGUCACUAUUGAAGCGACCAUUGUCCCCACUGAAGCGACCACUGUCACCACUAAAGAGACCACUGUUGCCACUGAAGAGACCACUGUCCCCACUGAAGCAACCACUGUCACCACUGAAGAAACCACUGUCACCACUGAAGUGACCACUGUCACCACAGAGAAACCCACUAUUCCCACAGAGAAACCAACUAUCCCCACAGAAGUCACCACUAAAGAGAUCACUGUCACCACUGAAGAGACCACUGUCACCACUCAGCAGCCUUCACUUGCUCCAACGACCUCCACGACCAGUACCACCCAGACCACUGCCACAACCCCUACACUUACCACAGAGAGCUGUCCCCUGAAUGCCCACUACGAAUCCUGUGGAUGUGCUGCAUCCUGUGAGAGCCCCAAGCCCAACUGUGGGCUGUUCUGCCGGCCGGGCUGUGUCUGCAACCCUGGCUUUUUGUUUAGUGGCAAGAAGUGUAUCAAUGCCUCUUCCUGUGAUUGCUUCUACAAUGACAACUACUAUAAGCCUGGGGAAGAGUGGUUCAGCCCCAACUGCACAGAACGCUGCAGCUGCUGGCCUGGCAGCCGGAUAGAGUGCCAGAUCUCUCAGUGUGGGACACGUACGGUGUGCCAGGAGAAGAAUGGCCAGUAUGGAUGCCAACCCUAUGGCAUUGCUACCUGCUUCGCCUACGGAGCCCUGCAUUAUGUCACCUUUGACGAGAAGCACAUUGGUUUCAUGGGCAAAUGCACCUAUAUCUUGGCCCAAACCUGCGGCAAGUGGACAGACCCAUUCUUCAGGGUGACAGCAAAGAAUGAGGAACCAGAAGUUAAAGGCGUGUCCUGUCUGAGUAAAGUCUAUGUGACCCUGCCAGAGACCACCAUUACCCUGUUGAAGGACAGACGCACACUGGUCGGGGUUCAGGAAGUUAUCCUCCCAGUCAUGCCUUAUAAAGGUGUCUUUCUGAGCCUAAGUGGCCGAUUUGUGGAGCUGAAAACAGCGUUUGGUUUGCGCGUGAGGUGGGAUGGCAACCAGCAGCUGUUUAUAUCUGUGACCAGCACCUUCUCUAGGAAACUCUGUGGUUUCUGUGGAAAUUACGAUGGAGACAGCAGCAAUGACAACCUGAAGCCAAAUGGCAGCCCAGCACAAGAUGAAGAAGAGUUGGGGAACAGCUGGCAAACAGCUGAGGAUGAAGACAAGGAGUGCCAGAAGAAUGAGGAAAAUCUCCCAUCCUGUGACACAGAUUUGGUCAACAAAAUGUCAGGCCCCAACUUCUGUGGCCAGCUGGUGGACUCCGAUGGAGUUUUUGAGACAUGCCUGCUGCACCUGAAGGCAUCUCCCUUCUUCGACAACUGUAUAUCUGACAUGUGCAGCUUCCAAGGAUUCCAGGAGAUGCUGUGUGUCCAUAUGUCAGUCAUGACUGCUGUCUGCCAGGAUGCUGGCUAUGAAGUGAAACCCUGGAGAAAAUCCUAUUUCUGCCCCCUGGACUGCCCGCCCAAUAGCAAGUACUCCCUGUGUGCCAAGCAGUGCUCAGAUUCCUGCCAGAAGGUAUACUCUAACACACCCUGCCCAGAGCAGUGCAUGGAGGUCUGCGAGUGUGACCCUGGUUACAUCCUCAGUGGCUUUGAUUGUGUGCCCCCAUCUGAGUGUGGGUGCAUCAGCUCCUCAGGGGACUACUUCAAGAUGGGGGAGCGGUGGUUCAAGCCAGGCUGCAAAGAGCUUUGUAUCUGUGGACACAGCAACACAUUUCAAUGCCGGUCCUGGAGUUGUAGGGCCCUGGAGACCUGUGGCUGGCAGAAUGGCAUAUAUGGCUGCCAUGCCCAAGGUGGCGCCACCUGCACUGCCUUCGGGGACCCCCACUACAUGACAUUCGAUGGCGCCCUGCAUCACUUUAUGGGUACCUGCAAUUAUAUCCUGACCCAACCUUGCUGGCAUAGUUUCAUAGAGCAGUACUUUGUCGUGAGUGCCACCAAUGAGAUUCGUGGCGGGAAACUGGAGGUCUCCUACGUCAAUGCUGUCCACGUGUGGGUCUAUGACCUCAGAAUCUCAUUGCUCAAAGACCACAAGGUCGUGCUGGACGACCAUCGGGUGGCCAUACCUUUGUGGAUUUCAAAGGGCCGGGUGGCCAUUAGGCUUAGUGGCUCCUUUAUCCUGCUCUACACCAACUUUGGGCUUCAGGUUCGCUACGAUGGGAAGCACCUGGUGGAGGUGACAGUACCUUCCUCCUAUUCCGGCAGGCUCUGCGGGCUGUGUGGGAACUAUAACAAUAACAGCUUUGAUGACAACUUGCUCCCCGAUAAAAGCCCCACAACCAACUCUACCCAGCUGGGGGCAGCCUGGAAGACACUUGAACUUUCUGAGCAUGGCUGCUUCCCUGCAGCUGGCAAGCCCUCCAGCUGCAAUGAAAACAAUGUAGCAGUGGCCUGGAAUAAGACCUGUGAGCUCUUGAUAAACCCUGAGGGGCCUUUCUCCACUUGCCACCAAGCUGUGUCCCCGCAAGCCAGCUUUGCCAGUUGUGUGCGUGGCCAGUGUGGGACCCAGGGCAAAGUCUCGGCCCUGUGCCGCUCCCUGCAGGCUUAUGCAUCCCUAUGCGCCCGGGCCGGCAAAGUCGUUACCUGGCGUAAUGCCACCUUCUGCCCUCUGAGGUGCCCACCCAACAGCGCCUACAGCCCCUGUGCCAGCCCCUGCCCGGACACCUGCCUUUCCCUGAGAAUCCCAAAGGAAUGUCCGGCAGCUGUGCCCUGUGGGGAGGGCUGUGAAUGCCAGAAAGAGCACAUCCUGAGUGGAACUUCCUGCGUGCCCCUCAGCCAGUGUGGCUGCGUGGACUUCGACGGCUUUUACCACCUGGUGAGGGAGCGCUGGUACACAGAGAGUAACUGCACCGUUCAGUGCACCUGCUCGGUCUAUAACAACAUCACCUGCAGCCACACCGCCUGCAGGGCUAACCAGAGGUGCUCAUCCCGGGAUGGGCUCGUGCGCUGCCGGACUUCAGGUGUGGGAAUGUGCUAUGUCUCAGGGAAUUCCCAGUACAUGAGCUUCGAUGGCAGAGGUCAUCCUAUUUUGGGGAUGUGCACUCAUGUCCUGGUAAAAGUAUGCCACCCCAGCAUGCAGCUGCCUUUCUUCAAGAUUAGUGCCAAGAGUGAGAGUCAUGAAGAGAAGACCAAGACUUUCCGCCUCCACCGGGUCUACAUAGAUGUCUUCAAUUUCCAUAUCAUCCUGCAAAAGGAACACCAAGUGCUGAUCAAUGGCAAGCUGGUCACACUUCCUGCCACCUCCCAGAUCCAGGGAGUCAGCAUCACUUCCAGAAGCAUACACACCAUCGUCAAUAUUUGGAAAGAAGUAGAAGUCAAAUUUGAUGGUAGUCAUUUCUUACAGAUCAAAGUCCCUGCGUCCUAUUACGGAAAGGUCUGUGGAGUGUGCGGGAACUUCAAUGGAGAUAAAGAUGAUGAAUUAACCAUGUCCAGUGAUGAACUAGCCCAGGAUGAACAGAAGUUCAUGAACAGCUGGAAAGAUAAGGCCAUCGACCCAAAUUGCCAAAAGAUCAGAGAUGAGGAGAACACCCAAAACAGUCAUCUGGGGGUGGUGAAUGCAAAGUGCAGGCUGGCCGACCUUCUAAGUGCUCGGGAAACUUGCCAAACAGCCUUCCAGACUCCUGCCUGGGCCCAGUGUGUGUCUCAUGUGAUUCUCAAGCCCUUCCUCCUGGACUGUACAAACAACCUCUGUGAGUUUGGAGGACUCAACCAUGCCCUCUGCGAGGCUCUGCAGGCCUUUGAGGCUGCCUGUCGGAACCAGGGACUCAAGCCCCCAGUCUGGAGGAAUAGCAGCUUCUGUCCUCUGGAAUGUCCAGCCCAUCAUAAGUACACCAACUGCCUUCCCACCUGCUCACCUUCCUGCUGGGACCUGGAUGGCCGCUGUGAGGGUACCAUAGUCAAAGUCCCCUCCACCUGUGCUGAGGGCUGCAUCUGUCAGUCUGGUUAUGUGCUGAAAGAGAACAAGUGUGUGCCCAAAAGUGAAUGUGGCUGCAAAGAUGCCCAGGGUGGCUUCAUCCCUCUGGGAAAGACUUGGAUCUCCAGUGGCUGUACCCAGAACUGUGCCUGCACGGGAGGAGCCAUUCAGUGCCGGGCCUUCAGCUGCCCCAGUGGGUCCCACUGCCAGCAGGGUGAAAGUGACAGCAACAGCUGCGCCCCUGACAAGUCGGAACAAUGCACCGUCUUCGGGGACCCCUAUUACCAAACAUUUGACAGGGUCGGCUACCACUUCCAGGGCCGCAUGACCUACAUUCUCAUAAAGACAGUGGACAAUCUUCCCGAUGGGGUGGAGCAUCUGCUUGUGCAGGGACGCAACAAGCUGUACAGGCCCACGAGCCCAGCCUUGCACGAAGUGACCACCCUCGUCUAUGGCUAUAAAGUCCAACUCCAAAAGAAUCUGGUGCUUAUGGUCAACAACCAGAAGAUGGCCGUCCCCUACAGGCCCAAUGAGCACCUGCGGGUCACUCUACGGGGUCAGCGGCUGUAUCUGAUCACUGACUUUCAGAUGGUUGUUAGCUUUGACGGAAGGAAUGACCUAGUGAUCACCCUGCCAAGCAUGUACGAGGGACUGGUACACGGCCUGUGUGGGAACUAUGACAGGAACAGCAUGAAUGAUUUCAUGCUGCCCAAUGGCGCACUCACCCGGGACCUCAAUGUCUUUGGCAGCAGUUGGGAGGUGAAAACGGAGGACACCCUCCUUCGCUUCCCAAGGGCCCUACAAGAGGAGAAAGAGGGAGAGGAGGAAGAAUCAGACACCAUUCGGUCAGAAUGCAGCCCAGAGCAACUGGCACUCAUCAACAGCACCCAGGCCUGUAGCGUGCUGGUGGACCCCAAGGGCCCCUUUGCUGCCUGUCACCAGACUGUGGCCCCAGAAUCCUUCCAGGAGCACUGUGUAUCUGAUAUGUGUACUGGCCGGGACCCCAAAGAACAAGAGGAGCUGCGUUGCUGGGUCCUCAGUGGGUACGCCAUCAUUUGUCAAGAGGCAGGUGCCAGCCUGGCCAGCUGGCGGAACCACACCCACUGCGCCAUGACAUGUCCAGCCAAUACCGUGUAUCAGAGCUGCAUGACGCCUUGUCCAAAGUCCUGUGCCAACCUCCUGGACCCCGAGGACUGUGAGGGCCCCUGUGUGGAAGGCUGUGCCAGCCUUCCUGGCUAUAUCUACAGCGGCACUCAGAGCCUCCCUAUGACCCACUGUGGCUGCACUGCUGAUGGUGUCUACUACCAGCUGGGUGACAGCUUCGUGACUGAGGAUUGCUCCCAGCGCUGUACCUGUGCCAGCUCAGGGAUGCUGUUGUGUGAACCCUUCAGCUGUAGAGCUGGGGAGACCUGCACCCUUGGCAACUUCACCCGAGGCUGCUUCCGAGAAAGUCCGUGUCUUCAGAAUCCCUGUCACAAUGAUGGUCGGUGUAAGGAGCAGGGGGCCAGCUUCAUCUGCGAGUGUGAACUCGGUUACGGGGGAAACCUCUGCACAGAGCCUCGGAAUAUCCCACUCCCUAAAGAGCCAGAAGCAUUUAACCUUGUGGCCAUCCUGCUGGGAAUGCUGGUGUCUGUGGUGGUCAUAGUGCCAGUGUUGACCAGAGAGUGUGUCUCCAGGAUAAGAAGGAGGAGAUGGUAA